GUACAGCUUUUCGUUUAAUCCGUGUGGCCGCCACCACGGAAUCCCCCAAGAGCAGAGCAGUCACAUUGCCGUCGUGUAUAAACACCCACGCCCCCCUCUCCCUCCUUCAUUCUUCUCCUCACACUUUACUAUCUCCCUCUUCCUCUCGGCUCGCUCGUUCCCUCUUUGUAUUGCUCGGCCCAUCGGCCAUUGCCGCUAAGCAAACUUGAGGGCAGCGAUGAGGAACUCGGUGUCCGACCAGAGCUUCGUCAUGGAGAGCGACGACGAGGAGCACCGGCUGGGCGGCAGCGAGGAGGAGGAGGAGGAGUCGGACGGGUCGUCGUCGUGCAGGAGCCCGCGGGUGGUCGAGGCCGCCGGCGGUGGCCACCCCAGCUCCUACGCCAGCCAGCAAUGGCCGCAGAGCUACAGGCAGUCGAUGGACAUAUAUAGCAGCGUGCAGUCGCCGAGUCUGAGCGGGUUCCUAGGCACGCCCACUCUCAGCAGGCUCUCCAGCUCCUUCCUCGCCACCUCCUUCCGCGGGAAGCCGCCGCCGGAGAUCCUCAAGCCGCUCCUGCCCACCACCGUCCCUUCCACUGACAGUGAUGACGAUCAUGUCGUCGAUGCCCGGAAGAGCUCCCACCAGUACCUGCCGCCGUCGAGGAAGGCGUCGUCCCUGUUCAAGAUCCCCGAGGACCAGAAGCCUGCUGGCCGUGGUGGGGGUGGCCAUGAGGUGGGGCCCUACCGUCAGUGCUCCUACACCCAGGGUGUCAUGAAUGGAGUGAAUGUCUUGUGUGGCGUGGGGAUCCUGUCAACACCUUAUGCCGUCAGGCAGGGUGGCUGGCUUGGGCUGGUGAUACUGGCCGUGCUCGCCGUGCUGGCGUGGUACACCGGCGUGCUACUCCGGCGCUGCCUCGACAGCAAGGAAGGCCUCGAGACCUACCCGGACAUCGGCCACGCCGCAUUCGGCACGCCUGGUCGCAUUGUCAUCUCGAUAAUAUUGUACAUGGAACUGUAUGCCUGUUGCAUUGAGUAUCUGAUACUGGAGAGUGACAAUCUAUCAAAGUUGUUCCCCAAUGCACACCUGACUAUAUGGGGCCUCAGCCUGGAUGCCCAUGUGUUAUUCGCAAUCCUUACGACGCUUGUUGUCAUGCCGACAACUUGGCUUCGUGACCUCAGUUGUCUGAGCUUCAUUUCAGCUGGAGGAGUCGUCGCGUCGAUUGUCAUCGUUGCCUGCCUCUUUUGGGCAGGGCUUGUUGAUCAUGUUGGUGUCAACAAGAGCGAAGGGACGGCACUGAACCUCCCUGGGAUCCCCAUUGCCAUUGGCUUGUAUGGGUACUGCUACUCAGGGCAUGGGGUGUUCCCAAACAUCUACUCUUCCCUGAAGAAGAGCAACCAAUUCAACGCUGUUCUUUUCACAUGUAUCGUGCUAUCUACUGUUUUGUUCGCCGGUGCCGCGGUCAUGGGGUACAUAAUGUUUGGCGAAACCACGGAGUCUCAGUUCACACUGAACAUGCCCCCAAAUCUUAUGUCUUCCAAGAUUGCAGUCUGGACUACGGUGACAAAUCCAAUAACCAAAUAUGCACUUACCAUGACUCCUCUUGCCCUGAGUUUGGAAGAGCUGCUACCUUCGAAUAGACAGACGUACGGGAACAUAAUUAUGCUCAGAUCAGCACUAGUGUUGUCCUCCCUUGUUGUUGCUCUAUCUGUUCCAUUUUUUGGACUUGUGAUGUCCCUAGUUGGGUCUCUUCUCACCAUGUUUGUGGCGUAUAUUCUACCUUGUGCAUGCUUUUUGGCCAUCCUAAGGAGUACAGUGACUUGGGAUCAGGCAUAUUAGCAGAAUGGACUCAAAGCUCAAAUAUCUGAAGACACCAUUUAAUUAAAAAAUCAUUAUUUCUUUGCAGAUAGUACUAUGUGUGUUCAUCAUUGUCGUCGGUCUCUGUUGUGCGGGUGUUGGCACAUACUCCUCCCUUUCUAAGAUCAUCCAAAAUUAUCAGUAAAUCUUUGUGAAGCACGGUGAUUUGUAUGUACCAUGUUUAGUUGUUUACUACUGCUCUUUUUGCAAGACUUUAACAAAAACAUGUCUUGAUAGAUAGGAUGUACCAUGAAAAGACAAUCAGUUUGAGGUUGCUCUCCUGGCCGGAGUACCCUGAAAGUGACUUCCACCUCCUUCCUCUUAGUGCAUCAAUUUUUGUUAGUAAUGAUGAGGUUUGCAUCUUCAAUUGUGAUCCUCAUUUUCCCGUCUCUUUAAUUUGUGGCCUUCAAUGCAACAUUCAGUGAUUGUGAGGUUGACAUA